AUGUCUUUACCAUCCUUACCAGCUAACUUUGGUGCUGAAAACUUUAAGGCUUCAGCUAAAUACACAGCUCCAGUCCGUCGUCCAAUUGAACCAGUUGGUCGUUACUUUUUAGCUCAUGCUAGUCGUGCUUUAAGAGGCCACACUUGGUCUGAAUUUGAAAAAAUUGAAGCUGAAAAGAAUGUCAGUAAAGUUGAUGAAACCAAUGAAGAUGCUGAUUUAGGUGAUGAAGAACAAGAUGCUGAAUUAUUGGCUCAUGAUCCAAGAGACUGGAAAAGUGCUGAUUUGUACGCUGUCAUGGGUAUCUCACAUUUACGUCACAAAGCUACUGAAGAUCAAAUUAGAAGAGCUCAUCGUAAACAAGUUUUGAAACAUCAUCCAGAUAAAAAAGCCGGUAGUGGUGGUUUGGAUCAAGAUGGUUUCUUCAAAAUCAUUCAAAAAGCUUAUGAAUGUUUAUUAGACCCAACUAAACGUUUACAAUACGAUUCAGUUGAUGAAAAUGCUAAUGUUGAACCACCAGCACUAAAAUCUAACUACGAUUUCUUUGAAGCUUGGGGUCCAGUUAUUGCUAGUGAAGCUCGUUUCUCUAAAAAACAACCAGUUCCAUUAUUAGGUGACAUCAACACUCCAAAACAAGAAGUUGAAUCAUUCUAUGCAUUCUGGUACAGAAUUGACUCUUGGAGAACUUUUGAAUUCUUGGAUGAAGAUGUUCCAGAUGAUUCAUCAAACAGAGAUCACAAACGUUACAUUGAACGUAAAAAUGUUGCUGCCAGAAAGAAGAGAAAAACUGAAGAUAAUGCUAGAUUAUUAGCUUUGGUUGACAGAGUUAAAGCUGAAGAUCCUCGUAUCAAACUAUUCAAAGAAGCUGACAAGAAAGAAAAAGAACGUAAGAAAUGGGAAAGAGAUGCAGGUGCUAGAGAAGCUGCUGCUAAAGCCAAGAAAGAAGCUGAAGAGGCUGCUGCUAAAAAAGAAGCUGAAGAAGCCGCCGCUGCUGCUGCCAAAGCUGAUUCUAAAAAAGCUAAAGAAGCUGCUAAAUCAGCCAAAAAGAAGAACAAGAGAGCUGUUAGAGGUGCUGCUAAAGAAGCCGGUUACUUUGGUGAUGCUGAUAAAGCUGAAGCCAUUGAUGCUGAUGUUGCCUUAUUGAUUGAAAAUUUCGAUGAUUUACAAUUAUCUUCAGUCGCUGGUACUGUUGCUUCAGGUGAUGCUGCUGCUAUCAAAUCUACUUUAUCAGAAAUUGCUAAAGAACAAGCUUCUUCUGGUAAAGUUCCAGCUGCUGCUUUGAAAUAUUUCAAUUAAAAAUGUUGAUCAGAAAUAUGUUUAGCUAAAUGAAUUGCAGGCAGUUUCUUAGACGUAAAAUUAUUCUAUGUAAGUGUUCUCGAUCUUUAUACAGAUGCUUGAGGUUUGUAAUAUGGGAAUUAACUUCGGUAAUAGAGAUGCUUUACACUCGAAAACAUAGUGUAACACUAACCCUUCUUGGAAUCUGAGCUGUGAUCACAGAAAAUAGGUGGACAACCUUAGAUUUCUACAUUUGUCAUUGGCAGCUGGUAUGGUUUCAUUGCACUGGUAAUACUUUCUCGCCAAUCAACUACGUUGCACCUUGAUUCGCACCACUCUUUUGAAAGAAAUUCCAACUGUCCACAGAAAUUUCUGUUGUUAUAGCUUGUAACUUGUAACUUGUUGAACUGGAAUACUAUUAUCCCGGAGAUAAAAAGGCCAAUUCCGAUAUUGCCGGGACUCUAACAUACAAAGCAUUUCCGCCAGCUAAAUAUUGAAUAAUG